AACAAUGUACAUUAAAUCUGUUGUUAUUGACGGAUUUAAAUCUUAUGGACGUCGAACUGAAGUGAAUGGAUUUGAUCCUGAAUUCAAUGCUAUUACCGGUUUGAACGGAACUGGAAAAAGUAACAUUCUCGAUUCUAUUUGCUUUGUUCUCGGUAUUUCUAAUCUUUCACAAGUUCGCGCGCAAUCUCUUCAAGAUCUUGUUUACAAUAGUGGACAAGCAGGAGUCACGAAAGCAACGGUCACAAUAAACUUUGAUAACAGCAAUAAAAGUCAAUGUCCUAUCGGUUAUGAAAAUUGUCAUGAAAUUGCUGUUGCUCGUCAGAUUGUCGUAGGAGGAAAAGGAAAAUAUCUCAUCAAUGGAAAAAAUGCUCAAUAUGAAAAAAUUCAGGAUCUUUUUUGUUCUGUUCAGUUGAACAUAAAUAACCCUGACUUCCUCAUUAUGCAAGGACGCAUCACAAAAGUCCUUAACAUGAAACCUCCAGAGAUAUUGUCGAUGAUUGAGGAGGCAGCUGGGAUAAGUAUGUAUGAGAAUAAGAAGGAAAAAUCAAUGACCAUUAUCCAGAAGAUAGAUAAUCGACUUGAAGAACUCAAUCAAUUGAUCCCAGAAGAAUUAAAACUAAAGUUAGAGAAACUUCAGCAACAACAACAGCAAUAUUUGAAAUAUCAAAAUAUUUGUCGUGAGAUUGAAUAUUUUACAAGAAUUCAUAUCUCUUACAAAUAUGUCAAAUGUCUUGAAAGUGUUGAGAAUUCUGAAGGUUUAAUUGAAAAAUUAGACGUUGAAAUUGAAAAAUAUAAAAAGAUAAUUAUCUUUGAUUUUUUAUUUGAUUCAAUCAAGAAUCAAACAGUUAGGUAUCUUAAAGAACUUGAAAAAGAAUUAGAUGAACUCAAUCAACGUGAUGCUAAAAUAAAAGCAGCAAAUCAUUCAUUGCAAGAAGAAAUCGCGAGUGAUCAACGUAAAUUGAAAGCACUUCAAAAUAAUAUCAAAAUUGAUGAAGCUGCUCUUGCUAAAAAGGAAGAAGAAAUGAAUAAGAGUGGUGAUGUCUAUGAGAAACUAAAAGAAGAAGAAGCAAAUGAUUUGAAAGCAUUUAAUGAUGCACAAAAGAAGCUUGAAGCAAUAAAUCUUGGUUUAGCUUUGAACGAUGAAGGUGAAGCAACAACUUUGCAGGAUCAAUUAUCAAGUAAGUCAAGAAAUUCAGAAGGUCAUCGUGAUCGUGAAAUAAAAUCAGCUGAAGCUGAAAUGAAGAGAACGGAAGAGAAAUAUAAGAAAUCAAGUGCGAAUUGAAAGAAACGACAACAAGGAUAUGAAACAAUGAAAUUGGAGAUUGAAGAAUUAAAGAAAAUGAUUAAUGAUGGUUUGAAUCAAAUAAGUGAAUUAGAAAAACAUAUUGAAGAUCUUCAAAAGCAACUGACGAUGACUGUAAAACUG